AUGAAUUUUGCACUAAUCAUAAUCAACCUCUUCAUCACCUACGUGAUGUUCGCAUCGGGCGUCAUUAAAGCUGAGGAAUUCAAAUUGGACUAUGCUUCUGCAAAGCCUGCCGCGCUACCACCAAUUGAGACCGUAGGAAGCAAGUUUUUCAGCAGCGAGACCGGUGAACAAUUCUUCAUCAAGGGAAUAGCGUACCAACCACAGUAUUCGUUGGAAGAUGUCAGUAGUCUCGGUAUACCGAUCAGCGACACAAAAUAUAUCGAUCCACUGGCAUCACCUGCAAUUUGCUUAAGAGAUAUUCCUCACCUGGCUGAAUUAGGCGUCAACACGAUCAGAGUUUAUGCAAUCGACCCAACGCAGUCUCACGAUGUUUGCAUGGAAGCACUCAUGGAAAACGGUAUUUACGUUUUGCUCGACCUUUCCGAGCCCGAUGCCUCCAUAUCCAGAGAGUCCCCCAGCUGGGAUGUUAACGUGUAUCAGAGAUACAAAGAUGUAAUAGAUGCCAUGCAUCAAUAUUCAAAUGUUCUCGGGUUUUUCGCCGGGAACGAAGUUACCAACGAUAGAACGAACACGGAUGCUUCACCAUUUGUAAAAGCUUCUAUCCGCGACAUGAAAGAACACAUAAAGGAUAUGAAUUAUCGAGCAAUCCCUAUAGGGUACUCCACAAAUGACGAUGUGGAGACCCGGGAAAACCUCGCGCAGUUCUUCAGCUGCGGAAAUGACACAGCUGACUUCUAUGGUAUUAACAUGUAUGAAUGGUGCGGCUACUCAUCAUUCCAUAGCAGUGGCUUUGACAAAAGAACUCAAGAGUUUAAAAACUAUCCCAUUCCCGUUUUUUUUUCGGAGUUUGGCUGUAAUUUGGUCAGACCAAGACCUUUCACAGAGGUGGAAGCACUCUACAGCAAGCAAAUGAGCGGCGUUUGGUCCGGCGGCUUGGCUUACAUGUACUUCGAGGAGGAGAACCAAUAUGGACUUGUAGAAAUAGAUUCCAAAAAUCGGGUUGUCCGAUUGAAAGAUUAUGACUACCUGAGAGAUGAAUUCAACAAGUCCGAGCCCAAAGGUAUAACAAAAUCCGAAUAUUUGCGAAGGCUGGGGUUGAACACUGGUGGGCCCAUCACAAAGAGGGAAUGCCCAUCAAUUUCAGUAGCUUGGAAAGCUGCAGAAAAAUUGCCAGAUAAACCUGAAAAGUCCAAAUGCGACUGUUUGACGAAUGCUUUGCCAUGUCUUGUCACUCCAUUUAGCGACCGGUCCAAAUACAGAGAAUAUUUCGAAUAUGUCUGCGGUCAAGUGGAUUGUUCAGAUAUAAAAGCAGACGGUGAGAAUGGUGAGUAUGGAGAGUAUUCGGGCUGCACACCAGACCAGAAACUGGCUUUGCAAAUAAGCAAAAUGUAUUUCAACUUGGCUGAGCAAAACGACAUUUGUCCAGUGGAUGAUAGACACAUCUAUUUCAAUCGCGACAGUAAAAACGAUCAAAAUGAUAAAGAGUGCACAUCCUUGAUCAGAUCCGUGCAAAAAACAUCGAAAGCACGGAAAACUGACAAUAAAAGUUUGAAUCCGUCUAAAGACCACACAUCCAGUGGAAGCCACAUAGUACCCAAAUUUGUAAUGGGAUUAGCGUUUGUGAUAUUGACAGGAUCGAUUGUAUAG